UAUGGUUGACUGUCCCUAUAGCGCGUUUGGACAGGAAGCCCCGGCUAGAGAGAUCGUCAACUGUGUCAGAGUUUAUUUCGUAAUGUUAACGUGUUUCGUCUCUGCAUGAAUCCAAAGGAUUUCCAUUCUCCCAGUGUGUUCUAUGAAGCAUUUGUCUGUCAAAAGCUUAGAAAAACUUCAAUGAAGAGCAAUGGACGUGACCUGCGUGAUCGGCCACUUCGGACGAUACCAAGCCGUUCUCCUUCUCCUGGUCUUCGUGGUGACCUUCCCCGUGACGUUCAUAUUCUUCACCACACCCUUCUUCGACGUCCAAGUGGACCGAUGGUGCAUGCAGCACCGCUUCCAGAACUCGGCGUGGAGUUUUGGCGUGUUGGAGGAUGAUGCGAGCAACGUGUCGAAUGUCGAAGUAUUCAAGUGCUUCAGCGGCAUGCUCAAGUUGCAAGAAAGCAACGAAAGUGUUGAUACAGCGCCUGAGGCAGAGAUUCCGUCGUGCGGUGGAUAUGAAAACUGGGAACCGCUCGUCAGCCAGCCCGCCGCGAUCUGUGAAGACCUUUGGGUGCAAUCUGCUCUGCAAGUAGCACUCCUGCUGGCAGUUUCUUCUGGUUACCUCGUCUUUGGUGUAUGUUCAGAUAUGUUCGGCCGCAAGCGCUGUCUGUUGGUUGCCCUGUUACUCUGCUCUGUCUCCUCCUUAACGGCCGCCGUAGCACCGGCGUCCUGGCUCUUCCACACCACGAGGUUCCUAGCGUGUAUGGCAGCGGCUGGACUUUCCCUUGGAACUAUUGUUCUCUGUUCAGAGACUGUUGGACGAAAGCAGAGGUGUCUGCUUAUGUUCGCCCUCGGAGCAGGGUUUGCGAUAGCGAACAUUUCCUUCCAAACGCUGACACGUUACACUUCCAACUGGUGGUAUCUGCAGCUGUCCAGCGGCAUCAUCGUUUUGGCUGCAUUGCCACUUGUAUGGUUCGCUAAGGAAUCGCCACGCUGGCUGGUAGCCACGGGUCGUCUUUCAAGAGCAGAAGAAACACUCUUGCAUAUCUUGAAAGUAAACCGCGGACCUCAACUGUACAUGGAGAUCAUCAUGCUAGAACUCGUCGAUAAAGUGAGCGUGGAUUUCUCGAAGCCACGUCAGCAGCGACGGGACCGACUGGUCUUCAGGAGCCGGCAUUUACACCUGUUCAUUCUCUUCAUAAGCGCAGCUGCCGUUCUGGUUCUUCGGCAAAGUAACCCAGUGGCAGCGUCCAGAUUGCAGAAACGUGUGACAGCCCAACUGUGGGGGAUCGACGUGUCGCUACUAAUUCAGGUCCCCGUCUCGAUGCUCUUCUACUGGAUGGCUGUGCGCUUCAAACGGCGUUACACACUGUCGUCCCUAUUCACGUUCCUAAGCCUGGUCUAUAUUUGCAGCCUGUGCCUUCCGCAAGGUUCGAAUCCCAUCAGCACUGCUUUGCCUUUAUUGGUGAAAGUUCUGACCUCGUAUCACACGGUGUUCCUGUGGAUAGCAGCCAUCGAACUAUUUCCAACGACUUCGCGAGGACUCGGUGUAGGCAGUUGCUGGGCAUGUGCGCAUUUGGUACUUGUGUGUGCGCCGGCUAUUGGCAUGACGAGCGUCUCCGAACCUGAUCCAACGUUGGCCUGUGUCCUGCUGACGGCGACAGCCCUAGUGUGCGCGGCGCUUGCCCUUCUCCUUCCGGUUACAUAUUCGCGUGUCCUUCCGGACACAUACCAGGAGCUACACCAGUCACAGAAGAACGCCUCCUUGCUGCCAGACGACGAAGCGAAAAAAUCUGUAACAGGGAAAUUGCUUUACGCAUCAUGAAACCUCCCUUCAAGAAGGCAUAUUCGAGGACAGAUCGUCCACUUUCUUCUGGUCGCAAUAAAAACCAGUCUUUAUACGACGA